UAUGUCGGUCGUAUUCUGAGUGAAUAGCGCGCGGGCGAGUUUAUGGGUAAUAUUUCCCAAGAUUCUUUGUAGAUCUGUGCAAAACAUUAAAAUUUUUGAUAUGUUAAACUAAAAUUCAAACUUUUUGCUAUAAAAAAUACUGAAUAUUAGUUUACAAUUAUCAAAAUGAGUUCAAAACAUAUACUAUCAAAUGUAAUUUAGAUAACUUUGUGGUUAACUUUUAACUAAUAUGGCGAUUUUUUGUUGUAAAUUAUGAUCUGAUUGCUGAAAAGUAAAUCUAUUGUUGAACUUUCAAAUUCUGAUCAUUCAUUUAUAUAAAUCAGUCAAUAAAAUACAAAAAGACAGUUUAUAUGAUUACACGUGAUUGACAUGUCUGUAGUGGAUACAGAACUCACUGAAAAUUUAAUUCAGAUACAUAAAGACUUUUCUUUAUUUCAUGAUUUAAAAGAAAGUACUAGUGAUGUAAGUUGUCUUUCAGUGGUAAUGAGAAAUGAAGACACCGAAACUGAUGAAGUUCAAGGUAUUAUUGUUGAUAAUCAUCAAUUGCUUGGUACUACAUUGACAGCAAUUACGCUUCCUGAUGGUACUCAAGCUUUUGUAACGAACGAUGUUGAAAAUGAUGAUUUAGAAGAGAAAGAUUCAGCUGUUAAUUUAGAAAAUGAUGGGAGAACUAUUGUAGUAAGAGAUUUAUCAGAAUUAGGAAAUGAAAAAACACUUGAAUUUCAUUUAGAAGCUCCAACAAUUGUACAAGCUCAAGCAGGAUCGUCAAAAAAUGAUGAUGGUAUUUAUUCUGAAGUAGAAUUUUUUAAUGGAACUACCUAUAUGGUUACUCGUCAUGUGACUAAUGAAUUUUGGGAAAUUCAAGAUGGUAAAGUCAAAUCAAAAGAUGGUAAAAUAAUUAUUAAGAAACUUAAUGACACUCCUAAAGCUCAAUAUCAAUGUCCUAGAUUAGGAUGUUCCAAAGUAUAUAGUACUCCUCAUCAUUUAAAGGUUCACGAACGAUCUCAUACAGGUCAACGACCUUAUGAAUGUACACAUCCAAAUUGUAAAAAAAGUUUUUCAACUGGUUAUAGCUUGAAAGCUCAUCUUCGAACUCAUACUGGUGAAAAACCUUACAAAUGUACGGCAGAAUCAUGCACAAAAUGCUUUAAAACUUCUGGAGAUUUAUUAAAACAUAUGAGAACACAUACUGGAGAACGUCCUUUUGUAUGUCCUUUUGAUGGAUGUGGUAGAUCAUUUACUACUAGUAACAUUAGAAAAGUUCACAUUAGAACUCACACUGGUGAACGACCUUACAAGUGUUCUGAAUGUGAGAAGGCUUUUGCGAGUGCUACUAAUUAUAAAAAUCAUGUGAGAAUUCACUCAGGUGAAAAACCAUAUGUAUGUAUGAUGGAAAAUUGUGACAAACGGUUUACGGAAUAUUCUAGUCUUUAUAAACAUCAUUUGGUUCAUACUCAACAGAAACCAUUUGAAUGUAAUUUAUGUCUCAAGAGAUAUAGACAAAACAGCACGCUCGUUAUGCAUAAAAGAACUGCACAUGCUUUGAUUGAAAGUGAUGAUGGUAUGGAUGGAAUUUUCCUACAAAAAACUAGUGAAGCUACACAAGUUAAAAACAAACGGCAAUGCAUCAUAAAACAAAAUAUGUUUACUGUCAACAAUAAUGGGCAAUUGCAAAUAUCAGAAACAACCGAAGAUUCUGCUGAUGAAAAUGAGACACAGAUUCUUCUGGUUGGUGAUCCAUCUCAAAUAGCUGCUUUACAGCAAAUGAGUUUAGAAGAAAAUUUAGAGGAACCAGAAAUUGAUAUUCCACUUGAAGGGCUUAAUAUCAAAAUUGAAGAUAUGGAGUUUGGAUGGAGCUAGAUAACAAAGAAAUAAAUAAUAUUUUAAAAUGAGGUUAAAGUUUUUUUUAUUACUAUAAGCUCGUUUUUAAUAGAGUUUAUAAAGAAUUUUAAAAAAAGACUUUGUCAAUA